UUUGGGUCAUCAAGACAAUAACAUCAGGCCACGCAUGGUCGUUCUCCAACAUUCCUCUUCCCAGGUUCAUUUCCACCCUUCUCCCAAGAUCAGCGGAACAGAAACAGGUUCUUCUAACUUAUGUGGAUCUACUCAAAUCCCAAGGAGCAGUACUAUGCGUCCCAAAGGACGAACAGUUUCAUGGAGUAUACUCCCCCCUCUUCUUGGUGCAGAAGAAAAGCGGUGCUUGGCGUCCAGUCAUAGAUUUGACCUAUCUAAACAAAUUUAUAAAACACAGAAGGUUCAAGAUGGAAACUCUGUCGACAAUCCAGCAAGCCAUACAGCCAGGCGACUGGAUGAUCUCGAUAGAUUUGAAGGACGCUUAUUUCCACGUUCCAGUGGCAAUCAAGCUACAGAAAUAUCUCAGGUUCCACGUGGGACAAGAACACCUUCAAUUCGUGUGCCUACCCUUUGGGCUGACAACCUCACCGCGAGUCUUCACCAAAAUCCUGUUGGCAGUGGUGGCCUUUAUCAGACUGAAAAAGAUAAGGCUUUAUCAUUAUCUAGACGACCUCCUUGUCCUAGCUCAGGACAAGACUCAGCUCUUAGCACAAAGAGAUCAAGUAAUCUCGAUCCUGUCCGAAUUCGGUUGGCUCCUGAACCUAACGAAAAGCCAUUUGGAACCAACUCAACGCCUAGUAUAUCUGGGGGCCCAGUUCGACACAGUGAAGAAAACCAUCUCUCUUCCGACGGAAAAGAUCCCUGUGGUUCAGGAGAGGAUUUCUCGGGCGCUAGACACCCGCCAUCUGAAGGCGUUUCAAUGUCUAAGGAUCAUAGGAACAAUGGUUUCCACAACCCCCAUGGUGAAAUGGGCAUUGUGGAGACUACGUCCCUUCCAGUCCGGCUUCCUCAGGCAGUGGAAGUCAGGCAACAAGAAUCAGCAGAUUCGCAUCUCAACUUCCAUGAGGAACAGCCUCUUUUGGUGGCUUCAGCCAAAAAACCUACGGAAUUGCCAUUCUAUCGCCCCGGUCUCCUGGGUCACAGUGACGACCGAUGCCAGUGGCUACGGCUGGGGGGCCCUGUGUGGUACAAACAUGGCACAAGGCAGAUGGGAUGA